CAUUGGUGAUACUGGUGUUACUGGUGGUGCUGGUGUUACUAGUGGUGCUGGUGUUACUGGUGGUGCUGGUAUUACUGGUGGUGCUGGUAAUACUGGUAGUGUCAGUGAUACUGGUGGUGCUGGUAAUACUGGUGGUGAUGGUGAUACUGGUGUUGUACUG